CUGUGAAACUUGAAACCAUGUGCUACUACGGCAGCUACUAUGGAGGCCUGGGCUAUGGCUAUGGCUCUGGUUAUGGCUGUGGAUGUGGCAGCUACCGUGGCCUAGGCUAUGGCUAUGGCAGCUGUGGCUGUAGAGGCCUGGGCUAUGGUGGCUAUGGCUAUGGAGGCCUGGGCUAUGGUGGCUAUGGCUAUGGCUGCUGCCGCCCAUCUUGCUGUGGAAGGUAUUCUUCUUAUGGCUUCUACUGAAAAACCACCUGCUCCUGCAGUGUCCUGGAAUCCUCGGGCAACCCUGCUUGGUGUAAUUCCAUGGCAUUUUAAAGACAUCACUUCCACCUGCUUCUACACCUGGGUGAUAUAGGAGAGACACCACAAGAAGUCUCAGUAUUCCUAUGAAACACUUAGAGCAGUGAAAUGCCAGGGAUUCAGAAGC